AUGGUUUCCAAAACUGAACUCCCGAAGGAACCAAAAGUAUGGGCUACUCUGGUGACAAACACCGAUUAUCUCAAAGGUGUCUUGACGCUCAACUACCGUCUCCGUUGUGUCAAGUCAAGAUACCCUUUACUAGUCCUGUACACCAAUGCACUCUCUGAAGAAGGUCUCGACGUUCUCAAGAAACGAGACAUUAGAACACUAGAAGUUCAACGCAUAUCACCAACCACCUCGCGAGACUACCUUGAAGAUUCGCGGUUCACUGAAUGUUGGACUAAACUGAUCGCAUUCUCUCUCACCGAUUUCUCGCGAAUCGUCCUUUUGGACUCUGAUAUGUUGCCACUCCACAACAUGGAUGAACUGAUGGACAUUGAGCUGGAUGCUCCCUCUGAUGAAACUGGAGAUGUAACUCAGAGCAACAAGCUUUUUGCUGCUUCCCAUGCUUGCACUUGCAAUCCCCUCCGAAAAGCGCAUUACCCACCAAACUGGAUACCAGCAAACUGCUCGUUCACAUCGCAGCACGACAAGCCCGAGAUCGCUCAGACCCACGGAGCUAGUCUAUCCACAGGUUUAGGUAAACUGAACAGUGGACUUCUCGUUAUCAACCCCUCCAAGUAUCUCUUCGAUCAGAUUCUCGCAAAGAUGGAUGAUCCGAGCUGUUCAGAGUACAAGUUCCCUGACCAAGAUCUCCUCGCAGACGUAUUUAAGGACCGCUGGGUAGCUUUGCCAUACAUCUACAACGCCUUGAAGACCAUGCGCAACCCCAGUGUCCAUGGAGCAAUCUGGCGUGAUGGUAGGGUGAAGAAUGUUCACUACAUUUUGAGCCCCAAGCCUUGGGAUGAGUUAGCGGCUGAUGGUUCGUGGGCUGGUGGGCAGGAAACUCACAAGUGGUGGCAUGAUGCUUACAAGUCGAUGCUUGCAGAGGAAAAGGCUUUGGGUUUGUAG